CUCCUGUUCAACCUUGUGAUCCUCUCACCAAUAUUUUGGUCAGUUCACAUUUGCGUUUUCCCCUCACCCUCCCUCUCUUCCCACAACCCUUCUACUGGACUCACAAUUCCCUGUUACUCACAUCACAGUUAAAUAUGGUGACUCAAUCUGUUUGUCACUGUGACCUUAUUCAGUUGUUUUCCCUGAGUAAUUUUCUUGGACAGCUGAGUAUAAAUAACCCAGAAGCUGAGGACGGUGGUCAGUUGUCUCAGAGCACUUCGUCAGUCAACAUGAUUGGUAAAGUUUGCACCCUGAUUGUCAUGUGUGUGAUGAUUGUGAUGGCCAGCGCCGGCAGGUUUGGUGGAGGCUACAGUGGUGGUCGUGGUGGUUUUGGUGGAGGUGGCUUCGGUGGAGGAGGAGGAGGUUUUGGUGGUUACGGAGGUAGCGGAGGCUUCGGUGGUGGAUUUGGAGGUGGAUCUGGACGCAGAUAUGGUGGAUACGGCAAAUAAACAAGAGUCUUCACUUAAUCAACAAUCAAUUAGAAUGUUUUCCAAUUUUUUUCCCCAACAAUAUAAUGUAAUUAAGAAUAUUUAUUGUAUUGAACUUUAAAUACUAUGUAAUAAAAUUUAUUUCCUGCA